AUGUACGGUAUAACAUUAAUUAAAAAUAUUAGUAAAUUAUCAAUUAGAUCUAUAAAACCUAUUUUUAAAAAGCACUUAGAAAAAGAUGUAUUAUUAUACAAAUAUGAAAAACCAAAAUUUUUUUUAUUAAUAAAUGCUCUUUCGGUUGUACAAGGAGUAUUUUGGUCUUAUUUAGGAUAUUUUUUACUUAAACAAAUGUCUAACCCAGAGGUAUAUUCUAAAAGUCCGUUUUGGAAUUGGCUUUACACAAAGCAAAUGAAGUAUAAAGAUGUUAUGGGGUAUUGUGCUAUUCUAUUCGGUGUUUUAAUGGUUUUUAUCACAUUAUUCUACACACAUAGAUCUAUCAAUUACCUUACACUAAACAAAGGGGGAAAGUAUUUAACUAUUGAAACAUAUAAAGUACCAGGAUUAGAAAAUAAAUUUAAAGUACCUUUAAAUCAGGUCAGUGCAAAUUACACGAGACAGGAUUCUAAAGGAUAUAUAACACUUCAAAUAAAAAAUAAAUGGUUUUAUUACAUUAUUGACAAAAGAGGAGAAUUUAAUAAUCCUGCAUUAUUUGAUUGCACAGCUGGAAUUCAAAGAAAUUUUUCAUAA